UAAAAAUGUCUUUUCAUGAUUUAAGAAAUCUUACAGAAAUGAUGCGGGUUUUGGGUUAUCCAAGAUUGAUUUCUCUUUCCAAUUUCCAAUAUCCAAAUUUUCCUUUGGUUGCAGAAAUACUUUUAUGGCUUGUAAAACGGUUUGAUAAUAAUACUAAUAUAAGCAAUGAUCACAAUACUGAAGAAGAACGAAUCGCCCUUAUUUAUUGUGUUGCUGAAUUCAUGAUAAAAACGAUAAAUAUAAGACUUAAUAUAAAACAACUUUACAUGGCUGAUGCUUGUGCAGUGAAAGAAUUACUGAAAAUGAUAUCAUUACUUUAUGAGGCCCAAUUAGAAAGUACACAAGAUUAUUUACAAUUGGAACAUCAAUCUACUAUAAAUUUCGAUAUAACUGAUAAAUUAAAUGAUCUAAAAAUGACUAAACAAUUGGCAAGUCAAUUGACAACCAAUGGUGCAGCUCUGCAUGAUCUUUUAGGGAGAGAAGUGAAGUUACGAGAAAUUCGAACUUCCAAAGUUACUAGUCAAUAUGACCCUUCAGAAAUUGAAGAUGCUAUAAAAGAAGUUAUUUUAAAUACUAGAAAAGAAAUUGAAGAAACAAUAACUGAAAUUAAAAAUAUCAAGGAUAGGGAACAAAAUUUGGAUAUCAGAAUUGAUAGACGUAAAACAGAGUUAGACAGAAAUCAGAAAAGACUUCAAACUCUACGUAAAGUUCGUCCUGCAUUUAUGGAGGAAUUUGAAAAACUCGAAAUUGAACUGAAAUUCUUAUAUGGUGAUUAUCUUCAAAAAUUUCGUUAUUUAACAUAUUUGGAACAUCUUUUCGAAGAUGCAGCUAAACUAGAGCAAGAAAGAUUUGAACGAAGACAAGCUGCUACUAAAAAGAAAUUAGAACAAUUGCGUAUUGAUGAUGCAAAUAUUGAUAGUAUAAUAGAGAGCCAUGAUUCUAUAUUCUCUACGAAUAUUCAAAACUCACUUGCUCUUAGUAAAGGAGAGGAUUCUAUAAAAAUUACUAACCAAGAUAUAAGAAAAUCUGCAAGAAUUAAUCUAAAUCAACGUAGAUUGUUUGGUAGUAUGUCUGGAAAUCAUCAAGAAACCAUCCAGGAACCAGAUAAAAGUAUUAGAUCAUCUGAUUCAGAUAGUGAUUUGUUAAUUGAUAAUAUAGAUGAUGACGAUGAUGAAGAUUUGCUAAAUUCAGUUGAUCCUGAUGUAAAAGAAUUUAAUUCCAAGCACAUCGAAGAAAAACAUGCUAUAACUAAAGUAAAUCACACUGAUGAUGAAUUUUAA